AGCUCGACCAUCAAACGUCGCACAAAACUACUCCGCUGCAUCUGCAGUCAGCCAUCAUUGGAAAAGGGUCCUCCUGACGACUUGGUCCCUGCGGCACUGCACCCACUGUCCCUGUUGACACACUGCGAGCACUCCUUCCACAACGCAAUGGCAGCAAACAACGAAAAGUACGAGCCCCUCACCUUUGGCGUCACCAUCGAGGGCCAGACAGACAUCCCCAAGUCCACACCGUCGCCCGCACCCUUGCUCCCGUCGUCCAACGCAUCGACCAUGUCCACAGCCACAGCAGAUGCUACCGCCAAGGAGAUGGCCAUCGACUCGUCCAACCCCUACUCUGCCUUCUACAAGCACCCGGACGCCCAGCGCUCCAUCGGCAAUGUGAGCGCACUGCAGAGCAAGACACAUCUUGAAGUCACCACUUUCGAACGCGACCUCGAGGCUGGCGUCCCACUAUCAGCCGCCACCACACAGCAAAUGCCCAAGGUCUCGGUCGACGGUCGCGUCAGGGAGGUCAAGGAGUGCACAAUGUGGCCGUCAAGGCAGGCUGUGCUCGAGAAGCGCAAGGACCACAAGCGCAAGAAGGGCUGCAACCUCUUCCAGGGCCUGACCAGUAAGCAGAGGUUAUGGAUCAAGAUCAUCAUCGCGCUCCUCGUCAUCGGUGCCGCGGUUGGUCUUGGUGUAGGCAUCUCGCGAGCUGUCGGCGGUGGUGUAUGGGCCGGCGACGGCAAGAGCAAGGAGAUUCCUCACAGCUGAGUCGGCAACGGGCUCCGUUAGCAACAGCACUGUCACAGUGUCGCUCAGCACAUCGCUCGAGUAUGACUACCGACUACGACUACGCGCAUAUCUUCUUCGACAUCACUACGAUAUCCCCUUUCUGCUGAUUAUUGCUUGUACCUAAUGUACAUAUUUCUGUCUCGCUUCUGUUCAUAUUUCAACGGGACACAUCCGG